UGGAGCUACAACUAUUAUAUGAUAUAUUAGACCUGGUUAUGUAGACUACAGGCUACGGGACAUAAAUGUUCGGCGCCUUGAGCGGCACGUGGCAUGUUACUAUGUAUCUACAGCGACGAUGUGCGGUGAUCGUGACGGGCGGCCAUGCUUUAGGUGGUAGUGUGUCGUGCACAGUUGGUUGUACCGGGCGUUUUUCUCGCAUCUGUCAUACUGACACCGCCGCAGGGUUUUAUGGAUGGCGGUGAGGAUUUCAUCAAACGAGUGAGUCGAUGUGCCCCGGUCAACCAUCGCUUGGGCCUGCACGUGCAGUUCUUUGCCGUGUUUGCAGCAAAACCGGUUGCGCUGGGCGUGCUUGGUGCAUUCGGGAAAGCAGCACAUGGUGAACGCAAUGGUCAUGUUGUCGCGCUGCUUGCACUGCAGUUUCCCCAUCGCAAUCAACAGCUUCUCGUGAGCCGUGCAGUGUCUGCGGCCUUGCCGCACCUUGAAGCACCCAUCCGUGCGGCACGUGCGCGUGGAUUGAGACCGCGGCGAGAGCUCGGCAGCGUCCAACUUGUCGGCAUGCUUGAGACACAUGUUGGAUGCGAUGUUAGCCUUGUCACGGCACCGUGGAAACCCACAAGGAAUGCUCACGACAUGGCGGUUGCAAUAGAAGCCAUACCCAUGUACGACUUUGGCGGGGUGCUGGCACCUCGCAAACUGACAAUUUUGCUGGGGAUUUUGGACCAAGGUAGCAUCGGUGGGAGGUGGUGUUGACGGAAGGGCAUGUUGGAUAGUAGUCCAGGACGAUUCUUCUGAUGACGUCAGCGAAACUGGAUGGGACAGAACGAGGUGAAUCGAGUCCAAGUUCACGUUGACGAUCACAUUAAGCUUGAAAUCGUCCAAGGUAUGCCACUGCAAGGAAGUGUCUAGCUUGUCCUGGAAAGCAAACUCAUGCAAAAUCGAUGGUGGCGGUGAUUGUGGCGGCGAUAGCAAGCAAUCUGCGUCAAGAUACAUGCUAUCGUCGCAUCCCGCUGGUGCGAACACGAGCCUUCGGUCCAUCAAUCUUCGUGUUGGACUGUGAGCCAAGGUUUCAAAGGUAUGGAUUGCGUGCACCUGAG